AUGGCAUCAUUAGUAGAUGAAGACGAUGACCGCGACAUUGCCGGGUCACAAGAUGGGAGUUCCGACAAUGAAGAUGAGCAGAUGCGAGAUGUCGACGACGGCGAUGGAGACAAUGAACAAGACCAGGAGCAAGAACAAGACGGGGACAGUCCCUCCAACAAUAGCCAAACGUCAGAAGGGGCUGGAGGGGUCUCUCAACAAGAUACCAACGCAACUGCAGAGACGGAUUACCUGGCCACGUUUCGCCCGACUGUACGACCAGAAUGCCUCACCGCGUCAGUAUACGAUAUAGUCCCGACCACUGCCGUACCUCAGAGCACGUCCAUCAACACAGUGACAUCUACCGCUGACAUGCGGUGGGUUUUCACGGGAGGAUCGGAUGGAUAUAUUAGAAAAUACAAUUGGGUGGAUUCUAUAAAUGGCAAAUUGAUGUUGACGGUGGCCCAACGACAUCCAUUUGUCGAUAGUGUGGUCAAGGCUGGUGUGCUUAUGAAUUACUGGGAAAACAUGGAUGGGCCUCUUCUUUCCCCCGUUUACUCACUGGCAGCUCAACGUGAAGGUCUCUGGUUGCUGUCCGGCCUGGAGUCAGGCAGCAUUCGCCUCCAGUCUGUGCGCCAUGAGGAGGGCAAAGAGAUAGCUCUGCUCAAAAACCAUACAUCGGCCGUAUCGGUACUGAACCUCAUGUCUGAUGAGCAGUCUCUCUUAUCUGGCAGCUGGGAUAAACGGGUCCUGGAAUGGGAUCUCAAUGUUGGAAAAGUGAAGAAUAGCUUCAGGUCUGGCGCAAGCCAAAUCUCGGCAAUAGAGAUUCGUCCUGAGUCAAAUCUUCCGGUUCCCCAAGAUACAAUGGAGGCCCGGCCCAGUGGAACGUUUUCAUCAAAUAAUGACCUGCCAGAUUCAUUUGCAACAGUGAAUGGUACUGAUGCUCCACAAAACGCAGGUGAUGGCCUCAAUCCUCCGGCAGAAUCGCCAUCCGAUUCAUUGUUCGGUGGCACGGACUCUCUCUUUGGGGAUGCCGAUGGUAAUAUUGCAGACGGCGGAGCACCGUCAAGCGAUGCUGAAAAUGCCAAUGACGACGCCCUGUUUGGGGGGUCUUUGGAGAUGAAUAUGAAUCCCCCAGAGCAGGAACCACAAGGAGAGCCAGAGGCCAGCACACAACCGAAUGGCAAUGAAGCUCCUCCACAGCAGCUGCCGGCAGAGACCAAACUUGAUCCAAAUUCCAGCUCUGUGAAGACAGAAUUACCUCCAGCUGAACAGUCAAUGUCUGCUGUGGAACCGGCCGUCAACGGCCUCCCUCAUGCAGAAAACCUCGAGUUUGCUACAAUAAAACAAGAACGUCAAUUUUCGGAAAACGCAUCCAAAAUAACGUCAGAUACCACCUUUCUUUCUGCUUCGAUAGACGGGCCAAUUUCUAUUUGGGACAGACGACAACCGAACCCUGUUGCUCGCAUUAACCCCCGAAAUGUGCCACCUUGGUGUAUGAACGCGUGUUGGUCUCCGGAUGGGAACUAUAUCUACGCAGGGCGUCGAAAUGGCACAGUUGAAGAAUACAGUCUCCACAAAGGCUUAAGAUCUCCUGAGCGUGUCUUCAAAUUGCCCACCGUCGGCGGAGCAGUAACUGCUCUCAAGGCAAUGCCUAAUGGACGUCAUCUUCUUUGUGCCUCACACGAUAUUCUUCGUUUGUAUGACUUGAAGGAAGAGGCAUACAAACACUCUGCCGUUCCUUUCCUGGUCAUCCCUGGUCAUCGCACCGGUGUUAUUUCUCAACUAUUUGUCGACUCGACUUGCAGGUAUAUGCUCUCUGCAAGUGGAAACCGCGGGUGGGAGGACCAUUAUUUUCCGUCUCACUUGGGCUCCUAUAAGCACGACGAAGAUAAUUGUCAAGGUCAUGCCGCAGCGGUGGAUCUCAUAGAUAACAGCGUCAAGGUAAGGCAGGCCGGAGGUAGGGAUGGUGGCGAUGCCAGGCUGGGCGCUAGGGACGAAGGCGGGUUUGCACAGCUUGGUGUUUGGUUAGAAACUUAA